GCAUGCCCACGCUUCCUUUCCAAGAUGGCGGCGCCCACGGGGAAGAGCUGCCGGCGGGCGUGGGCCGCGCUCGUCCCCGCCGCCCUGCUGUGCCUCGCGGCCCGGGCGGCCGCAGAACCGGCCGCGGAACCGGGCUCGGCCGGGUUCGACGUGCGGCCCGGCGGGGAGGUUCACUCCUUCUCCCGCAGCCUGGGGGAUCACAGCUGCACCUUCACCUACUCGGCCCAGGGAGGGACCAACGAGCAAUGGCAGAUGAACGUUGGGAUCAGCGAAGACGACGGGCUCUUCUCCUGCUCCAUCUGGAGGCCCCAGGGGAAGUCUUAUCUCUUCUUUACCCAGUUUAAAGCUGAAGUGAAAGGAGCCAAGAUAGAGCAUGCCAUGGCUUAUUCUCAAGCUGCUGUGGGUGCCCAGAACGACAUCCCCUUAAAACAGGAAGAGUUUGAAAUCACUGAAACAACAGUGUCUCACAGGGAAGGAAAGUUCCGUUUUGAACUCUCCAAGCUCACCAUCGUAGCAAAAACGCCCCGUGACGAGCUGUGACCCCCCCUCAGGCCAAGUCCUGGCCCCAGGGGGGUGUUUUAACCAGAAGAAAACGUGACAGGAAAAGAGGAUUCCUGGUUUAACUGAGGGUUUUUGGUUUGUUUUUUUUUACUUUCUGGGAUGGCCAAACUUUUCUGGUUUUUUCCAUGCUGAAACGUGCUGGGGUCCAACACCAAGCAGGGUUUUGGAGGGGUGUGAGGACACGUUUUGUUCUGUCUGGUGUCAGGGUGACAGCGUGCUCUGCAGCUGGGAACCUCCUGGGAGAGAUUCCUGAUCCACAGGCAGCCAUUCUGGGCCCUCUUUCUGCCUGCACAGGGUGGGUGGUUCCUUAUCUGCCUGGCUGGGAAGAGCAGUGCAGGAAGAUAAAGGGGCAGGAUUUAAGCAGGGUUUGCUGGAGGGAAGUUGUUAACUCUGGAGAGGGGAGAUGGGAAAUAAUUAAUUUAGGAUGGAGCUGACCAAAGCUCUCUGACUCCUUAUUGAGAGAUCAUCCCUGGGGUGGAUGGCCUGGACCUGCCAGAGCUGAUUUGGGAUGACUUGGAGGGGGGAAAAAGGCAGAGCAGCUUAUUCUGACACAAGCAGGAACCAACCCAAGCAACACUUGCACGUCUCAGCACAACCACAGGACUGUUUUAUACCUACCAGAAAAGUGAUUUUUUUGGGGGGGGGUUUUCUUAUCUAGAGUAAUAACAGGGAAUGUGCAAUUCCUUUCCUGUGUAAAUACAGCACAAAUAAAGCAAGGAAGCAUCGUG